AUGAAGGCUCAGCCCAAAUAUUCACGGGCCCCAACAAGGGACGCCUACUCAACAGAAGAGGAAAAUGAAUCACGAUCCAGCCUCGAAAGCGAAAAUGUCAUCUAUCACACACAAAUGAUGCGUUCGUGUGAUUAUGAUAUUCUCAGUUUCCAGACAAGAGAUAAAAAGAACUCUCUAAGACACUUUUUUGUGGCUUCGGUAUGCGUGGCGGUGUUCACAAACAUCAUUCUUGUCAUUAUCAUAUAUCUCGGCUGGAGAAACCAGGAGUGUACUCGAGAUUCACUCAGUUCUGGCGGUUCAUUCAAGUCGGGUUUUGAUACCGAGUUUGGUCCAGCGAAAAAAUACAUCCAAUUGGAACAGCGUAAAUUCUACGGCGCGCCUGUCAUUGAUGAUGACGGCGGCAUGUAUCUUUCCAAUUUAGAUCCGAUUCGCUACUUUGGUGACCCUGCCAAACAUCCUGAAGUUGACAAAAAUUGGAAGAAGCUCGUUGAUGGGCGCUUUUUCCGAAUCACUGAGCAAGAAGCUCGUCAAGCUUGGGGAGAAGAUCACUACAAAUAUUGGCACUAUGACAUGGAUGGCUAUGUUGUCGGGCUAGAAGUAUUCCACGCACUUCACUGUCUGGACUACAUCCGCACCACCUUUUGGCCUGAAACUUAUUUUCCCUCUACUUUGAAGGGUGAAAAGAAAGCUACUGAGCAUAUGGUCUUCCACCGCGAUCACUGUCUCGAAGUUAUUCGUCAGUACGUUAUGUGUCAUGCAGACCUUUCACCUAUACCUAGCAUCUACUACAAAGGUCUUGGUCGCAACUACAACGUACUUAGUAAUGUAUCGCACACAUGUCGUAACUUUGAGAAAAUUCAAGACUGGCAGAUGGCCAGAUACAAUGGAAGUUGCGAUGACGCAGUUGCCAGGAAUCCGGAAGGAGCGCCAAAUGCAAUAGUCAAGCCAAAUACAUAA